AAUUGCAACACUUUUCAUCUGCUUGUUAUAACCCACGCCGCUGGAGAUGCACCAGUCCAGCACCUGGCAGCUGACAAUGUGCUUGCGUGUGGACGUGGACCUGGGCGUGAUAUUGGCUCCAGGAAAGAUGCAUGGAGGGUUGACAUAUGAACAGGUAGCUACAUAGCCCCAAGAGACAAGACAUCGUCCGUCUGAAUCUAUUUUGUGUUACUGUGGUUGAAUUUACGUCAACCAUGUCCAAGGCCGUCUUGUCUGCACCAGAGGAGCCAACUCGGUACCCAGACGCUCCUUCAACGUGGUAUAAUGCUCGAGGCCACAUAUUCAUGUGCUUUGGCUGGCCUUCAUCUGCUGGAGGACCACCUCCAGCAUCGUACCAUGACCUCGAGGAAAAGUCCCAGUUCGCGAACCAGACAUUUAUUGGGGGCUUACAAGUCUGUGUUAUUGUCCAAUACCUGGAAAGCCCAAUCGGCGAAUAUGAUGAGCUUCUAUGGAUUCCUGGAGCUUUUCAGAACCCUUGGACAGGAAAGCAGACAUAUCGAGCUACUCGAGCUUAUGUUUCCAUGGCAGCCUCUCUAUAUAAUGGACGCAAGAAUUGGAACGUUACAAGAAUAUGCACGAAGUUCGAAUUUACUCCAUCGGAACCAUUCAUGGAACUCGAUUUUGAACCAAUACUUUUCAAGUCCAGACCAUUUCUACCUAUCAAUACCAAAUACAUCCCUAUAGAUUUUAGUUUCGACUUUCCUCCUCUCCCACAAAGUGAGGAAGAAGGGUUGGUCGGGACGUGCGAGUGGAAGCGAGUCCUUCUAGAAAUAUCUGGUAAGGCUGGAAUGGUCAGGGUAAAAGGGACAACGGGCGACGGCAUUAAUUAUCCGCGACUGAACAACGGGGGGUAUUGGUUGUGGGUAAAGGACGCCAAAAUUCGGAUUGAAGGGGCUCAGGUACGAUCGAAAGAGUGA